AUGCUACCGCCUCCGCCUCCUCCACCGUCUUUUAGGAGCCCAGCAACUGACGCCAGCUCAACUCCACAAGCGCCGGUUGUCCCUGAGAGUUCUUCCGCUGGAGGCCUGUUGCUAGAGUUGAUCAAACACAAUGGUGCUCCUUUCAACGAUCACUGGGCUUACUUUGUUCGAUCGAGCUCGAGCCCUUCUGUGGGGAUCGUGUAUGAGGCUACUGGCGAUGUUCGCAACGGCUUCCAACGCCAGAUCCGGAGAAAUCAUGACCUGAAUUCUGAUCCACCCUCAACCCGCAUUCCGCUCCAAUGGAUUGAUGCCACUUUUGUUAACGAAGAGUUGAUGCUUCAUGCGCAAGAGCCGAUCCCGGUCUGCACCUUUGAGGAAAGCCUAUAUAAGGUCAAGGUACCCGAGAAGACACUGAAUAAUGCGACUGAGAGUGAAGCCCCCAAGAAAAGAAUCGUACAAAGGAACUGUCAGACAUGGAUUGUUGAAUCGGCGGAUCAACUGGUUGCGGAUGGCAUUUUCCUAUCGAAUAUCGCCGCCUACCUUCAUGCCACCAAGCAAGUCUAA